AUGCGCAAGGACAAAGAGGUGAAGAAGACGACCAGCUCCAGAGUCACACCGACACCAUACGACGGACACGGCAGUAUCAGCUCCGAGACCACCAUUAUGACUCGCGAACACCACCAGGAUAGACGGUGGACAUUGUGUAUUUUCGACCGUACUGCAAUGCACGUGGGUAAAGAGAUGCUGCCCCCAGGUCCACAGAGGCCGCGCGAUACUGAAGUAUUAUCCAGCGUAAUCCAGGCUACCAGCGAUGAUGUCGGCCGUUUCUUCUGUAUCAAGUCCCCGAUCCGCUCGUUCGUUCCAGAAUCGGUGUACAAUGUCGGCUGA